AUGUGUGUCUCCGGUCUUCUUGACUCUGUCUUGACACCGGGCCCAGGCGGUGGAGGAGGAGAGAGUGUAGGUAGAUGCUACGCAAGUCUACUGGCACUAUAAACCCCUGCGUAAGUCACCGUCCCUGCUCCCACGGUGCAGUCUGUGGGGCACACGGUGGACAUCGUCGAAAUCGACGGUCGAACUGUCGUCGUGGGAUGUAGGGGUGUCAGCGGUGGGUUCACGUCAUGAUCGUGGUGGUCACUCACUUGCCUGCAGGUGAGACUACGCCUAGCGUUCACUUGCUGGCACCCAACUCUCACCUGUGUGUCCACGUAGCUGGGCUCUGCUCAGCAGCCACACCCCGGGUAACCGUCUCGACCGGCGGGCUAAACCAGGUGAGGGGGCCCUGUGCGCUGUGCCGUGUGCACAGGGUUUGCGGAUUCCGCUGGAUGGAAGGUCGGAUGGAACCUUGCGUCGGCACCGUAGUGACGUGGUUCGUCUCUGCACGCCGCUGGACAGCCGGUGACGGGAUGGAUCUCCACAUCGCCUUCGCUGAGACGCGCCCACCUUCACCGAUGGAGACCGCGGCUUACGGCGAAUUCGAGUCGCUCUCCACUACAACCCGAAGUCGUGGCCCCAUAGUGGAGUUCGGUCGAGCCAGACAGGCACAUACGCAGCCCUAUUCAGGGGUGGCACUGCCUGCCCCCACAAGAUGAAGGGCCCAGAAAAGGUGGCCUAAACAUUGCUGGGCACCACGCAGUCUUCAGGCUAGCCAGGGCCGCAGAGGUCUAAACAUGGUCGAAACAAUCAAAAUCGAAACAACAACAAUACCUAUAACAACAACAACAAUACUCGCUCACCUCCUCAUCCUACCUCUUUUUACUCUCAGUCUGCCUAUUCUUCUGCCUAGUCUUCUCCUUCGUCACCUUUUUGUCCACCUCCUUCCUGUCGCCCCACUCGUUGUCACCAGACUGGCAGGGUGAGUCCGCUCACUCUGGCAGUCUGGAAUGUUCGUUCCCUUUUAGACAAUCCGAGGAGCAACCGACCGGAACGAAGGACGGCGCUAGUGGCACGAGAACUGGCGCGCUACAAGGUGGACAUCGCCGCACUAAGCGAGACCCGAUUCUCCGAACAAGGCCAACUGGAGGAGGUGGGUGCCGGCUACACCUCCUUCGGAACUGGUUGGCCCAGUGCAGAGCGACGAGACGCGUUUGUCGCCUUCGCCAUCCGGACUGACAUCGUGGGACGGCUGCCCAGUCUGCCGCAGGACAUCAACGACCACCUGAUCAGCCUCCGUAUGCCUAUUCGGGGAGGCAAAUCCGCCAACAUCAUCAGCGCCUACGCUCCGACGAUGACCAACCCCGACGUCGCCGCAAGAGAUAAAUCCUACAAGGACCUGCACGCCCUCUUGGCGACUGUGUCGAAGGCGGACAAGUUGAUUGUCCUUGGCGACUUCAACGCCCGCGUCGGCACAGACCAUGCUGCCUGGAGAGGAGUGUUGGGUUCCCAUGGUCUCCGCGGCUCAAACGACAAUGGACUGAUGCUUCUCCGCACCUGCGCAGAACACCGUCUCAUCCUGACGAACACCUUCUUCUGUCUGCCGGAGCGAGAGAAGGCCACCUGGAGGCAUCCUCGAUCGAGUCAGUGGCACCUGCUGGACUAUGUCCUCGUCCGGAGGCGAGAUCAGCGGAACGUGCUGGUGACGAAGGCGAUUGCGGGUGCUGACGGGUGGACCGACCAUCGCCUCGUCAUCUCGAAGAUGCGUAUUCGCCUACAGCCUCGCAGGAGACCGCAAGGUAAGCGACCCCCAGGUAAGCUGGAUGUUGCCUUGUUGUCUUUGCCCGCUCACCAUCUUCAUUUCAGCAGUGAGCUAGCUCAAAGGCUAGACAACCUUCCUAUCGCUGCCGACGCCGCCGCUGUCGAGAACGUCCCCGUGGAGAACCGCUGGUGUCAACUGCGAGACACGGUCCAGUCGACGGCGCUCGCCGUCCUCGGUCGCGCUCCCCGCCAACACGAGGACUGGUUCGACGACUGGACGACUUCGGUUACACGGGUGACCUGA